AAAUCUUUAAAUGUUAAUUGUCCAUCCUCAUCGACUUAUGGAACCAACAAAUCUUUAUUAAAAUCAACUAAUGUCACUACUAAUUUAUCAAUUCAUAAUAGACAAUCAGUUUGUACAUUGAAUUCAAUUCGAUUAUCCAAUAGUAAACAAAUUAAAACAAUGCAAUCAUAUAAUUGUCAAAAAUUAAAUCCUUUUGAUCAAGCUAAAGUUUUACUACAAGAACUUAAUCAAUGGCAACAAAAACGUUUAAAACGUAAUAGCGAACUAGGCGAUGAUAAUCACAUGAUUCCCGAAGCAAAUACUCAUCAUCGUUUAUUGGUUGAUGUAAACAAGAAUAUUUCAAUUAUAUCAAAAGAUAAUGCUACUACCACCACCAGUAGUAGUAGGAUUGGCUUGAAAUCUAGUCAUGAAUGCAUUCAAAUUGAGA